UAUGGUCACACUGGAAUAUCUGGGAAAUUAGCAACCUUUACCAGUUCAUUUACACAAUUACCGGGCACAGUAAUUGAUUAAUCUGAGCUGCAGGCACCAACACGCACGUUUCUUGGAGGGAGAAAGUGAGCGUACACGAGGGCUCCUAAUGAGGGUGUGUAGGUAAUACUCUCAGAGCUCCGUAGGACGCCAUGUCUGAAGAGGCAUUUUCAGAAAGUGACCUGGAGCACAGUCUUAACAGUGAAGAGGAGGAUUUGGAAAAUGAAGAGGAGGAGGAGGAGGAUGUGGAUGAAGACGAGGAUGAAAAUGAUGGAGAUGAUGAGGAUGAUACAGAACGACCUGCAAGUGCCCAGGACAAUGCAGAAACAGCUCAGGAUGGUGGGGACUCCACUUCAGCUACCUCUGAAGAGCCUUCCUCUGAGCCUCCGUCUCAGCCUGCAUCCCGCCCCUCCUCCAGAGCUCCCUCCAGACCUGCCUCUCGCUCCCAGCCUCCAACCAGCCCAGAGAACUCAACCCACAGCAAGCCACCUGCCAGCAAAACAAAGAAACAAAAGGCCUCUAAACUGUCCAAGUCCUCCAAGGCUCCAAAAGGCUCCAAACCCUCCAAGCCAUCUAAGCCUGCACACAUGAGGAAGAAUAUCAGAAAGCUGCUGGAAGAGCAUCAGCUGGAGGCAGGGACCAAGGCUGCCCAGCAGGAAGAGCUGGAGAGGCGGAAACGUCUGGAACAGCAGAGGAAGGACUUUCCUACACCUGCCCCGCCUGUCCCUGACUCUCAAAUAGCUUCCAUCUGCUUUCCUGCUUCUCCAGCAGGUGAAACUGCUUCAAGAUUAGGGGAAGUAUCUCAGUUGGUACCUGCUUCUCUGAUCAAGCACGAUGUGAUCUGUCUGGAUAGCAGUGGGGAGGAAGAGGAAAAAGAGGAGCCUAAGCUGCCUGCACUUGCCAUCAAAGAUGAUGUAAUUGAGCUCAGUUCUGGGGACGAGGAUGCGCUGCAGAUUAGCAGCGAGUCAGCUGAUGAAGAGACUGAGGGUACCGGUGGAACAGAGGAGAGCAGCGGGGCGCACAUCAACGACACACUGAACCAGCCUGAUGCCCAGGGUAGAGUGCUGGUCAACAUCAACCACCCUGCAGAAGAAGAGGACCUUUACCUCGCCCCUCAACUGGCCCGGGCUGUCAAACCUCACCAGGUUGGUGGAAUCAGGUUUCUCUAUGAUAACCUGAUUGAGUCUUUGGAGCGGUACAAGACCAGCAGCGGCUUCGGGUGCAUCCUUGCUCACAGCAUGGGACUGGGCAAGACCCUUCAGGUCAUUUCCUUCAUAGACAUCCUGCUGAGGCACACUGGGGCACACACUGUGUUGGCCAUUGUCCCUGUGAACACUCUUCAAAACUGGCUGGCGGAGUUUAACCUCUGGCUUCCAUCCCAAGAAGCCCUUCCUCCUGACACUGACCCUGUGUUUGUCACAGGCCGCACAUUCAAAGUUCACAUCCUCAACGAUGAGCACAAAACGACAUUGGCCAGGGCCAAGGUUGUGGAGGAGUGGUCCAGAGAUGGGGGGGUGCUGCUCAUGGGUUAUGAGAUGUACCGUCUGCUGUCCAUGAAGAAGAGUUUUGUCAUGGGCCGGAAGAGGAAGUCUAAGAAACCAGCAGGGCCAAUCAUCAUUGACCUGGAUGAGGAGGAUAGACAGCAGGAGCUCAUGAAAGGUAUUGAAAAGGCGCUUGCACGGCCUGGCCCAGAUGUGGUGAUUUGUGACGAGGGUCACCGCAUUAAGAACUGCCAUGCCAACACAUCGCAGGCUCUAAAGAACAUCCGUUCACGCCGCAGAGUGGUUCUGACAGGCUACCCGUUACAGAAUAACCUCAUUGAGUAUUGGUGCAUGGUGGACUUUGUUAGGCCUGACUUCUUAGGCACACGUCAAGAAUUCAGCAACAUGUUUGAGCGGCCCAUUCUGAAUGGGCAGUGUGUGGACAGCACACCUCAAGAUGUUCGCCUGAUGCGCUACCGCAGCCACGUGCUGCACAGCCUGCUGGAGGGCUUUGUCCAGAGACGUGGUCAUGAUGUACUGCGAGAUCAGCUUCCUUCCAAGGAGGAGCAUGUGAUCUUGGUGCGGCUGUCUCCCAUCCAGAGGGCGCUCUAUACCGAGUUUAUGAACCGCUUCCGAGAGGCUGGGAACAGUGGUUGGCUCGGUCUCAACCCACUCAAGGCCUUCUGUGUGUGCUGUAAGAUCUGGAAUCACCCGGACGUCCUCUAUGAAGCUUUGCAGAAGGAGAAUCAGGCCAGCGAGCAGGACCUGGACCUCGAUGACAUCACUUCAGCUAGCAACUCCCGCUGCCCCGCCCCCGGCACUGGCCUCAAAGCUAAAGUAGCCGAUUCCACCAACAGCAAAGUUAAUAACAACUUGCCAGGGCUCAAUCCCAUUCAGGAUAGAGCCAAUCAAGUCAUCACAUAUGAAUGGGCAAAAGACAUAAUGUCCAACUACCAGACAGGCAUUCUGGACAACUCUGCUAAGAUGGUUCUGCUUUUCCAUUUGAUUGAUGUGAGUGUGAGGAGAGGAGACAAGAUGUUGGUCUUCAGCCAGAGCUUGUCCACCCUGACGGUGAUUGAGGACUUCUUGUCAAAGAGACCCCUGCCGACAGGCAUAGGAUCCUGUGACACCCAAAACCAGAACUGGGUCCGCAACCUCAACUACUACAGACUGGAUGGGAGUACAUCAGCCACAGAGAGAGAACGACUUAUCAGCCAGUUUAAUGACCCAGAGAACAACACAGCAUGGGUCUUCCUGCUCUCUACCAGAGCGGGCUGCUUGGGCGUAAAUCUGAUUGGGGCCAACCGCGUUGUGGUGUUUGAUGCCUCGUGGAACCCGUGUCACGAUGCCCAAGCAGUGUGCAGGGUGUACCGCUACGGCCAGAAAAAACCCUGCCACAUUUAUCGCCUCGUCUGUGAUUUCACCCUGGAGAAAAAGAUCUAUGACAGACAAGUCUCCAAACAGGGCAUGUCUGACCGAGUGGUAGAUGACCUGAACCCAGUGCUGAACUUCACCCGCAAGGAAGUGGAAUCACUGCUGCACUUUGUAGAGGAGGAGCCCGAUCCAGCCAAAGUCGCUCUGGAGCUCCGGGAGGACAUGGAGGAGGUCCUCAGCCGAGCGUGUCAGCUCCACCCUCAUCUCAUCACCAAGAUACCUUUCCAUCAUGAGUCUCUGCUAGUGGACCGGAAGGAGUCAAAACUGACCAAAGCAGAGAAAAGAGCGGCCAAGAAGAGCUAUGAAGAUGAGAAGCGAGCCUCUGUGCCCUACUCUCGCCCAUCUUAUGCACACUAUUACCCAACCAGUGACCAGACACUUGCCAAUAUACCAGCAUUUAGUCAGCGCAGCUGGCGUCCAAUGACACGGCCAGAUGACAAGCCCGUGGCAAGUGUUAGACCCAUCCAGUCCACCCCAAUUCCCAUGAUGCCUCGUCAGGUCACCAUGGGCAUGGCUGGUUCCAGCUCUGGUGGCAGCUUUCCUGUCAACUACCUGCAGAAAGCUGGGGUUUAUGUGCAGAGGAUUGUCACCACAACUGAUAUUGUAAUCCCAGGAGCCAACAGCACAACGGAUGUACAAGCCCGAAUUGGUGCAGGAGAGAGCAUCCACGUCAUCAAAGGGUCUAAAGGUACCUACAUUAGGACCAACGAUGGAAGAAUUUUUGCUAUCCGGUCUGGAAAGAUCAGUAGACCAGCGAUGGGAGGCUCUGCUUCUUCUAGAGGUUCAACAGACUCCCAGGGUUCUCAAAUCCACCCGGUCAGUAAUGGCUGUUCAUCUCCUGCGGAGCAACAACGCAGCCCGGACAGAGAGCAGCGCCCCUCAACCCCAGAAAGCCCGGAGAUUCUGCGGGAGCUCAGCCGCUACACCACCUCCACAGGUAAUGCAGCUGCAAGUGGGGGAGGUGAAUUGCCGUCGCCAUCAGACAUGUCUGCGCUGCCAGCAGGGGACGGAGGCAAUCUGCAGAACAAUCAGACCGGUGACCUCAGCCGGCAACUCAGUGAUGACCUCCUAGGCUCUAAUUUAGAGGUGCGCAGUGGCAAACGCAAGAGUACUGAAAGCCAUGGUAACAAGCCGAUAGGAGGCAAGCGCACUUGUGCUACAGCACAUUUCCCCAACCUCCCCCUGGGCAGUGGGCUCAGCUUUCCCCCCGUGGGUCUGAACUCUUCCUCCCUACUGGGAAACCUCGGCCACAUGAGUCACCCACUUCUGAUGGGUGGCAGUGGCGGAUCUUCAUUCCUUCAGACACCAGGACAGACGCUGGGUGACCUGCAAAACAUGUUCCCCUCUGCAGGAUCAGAUCUGCUGAGCCAGUCAGCCACAGGGAAUGGACACCUUCCCACAUCCUCCACCUCCUCUUCCUCGUCAUCGUCAUCCUCCCUUUCCACCGUUUUCCCUUCUGCUGUCACCACCAUCCCCAUGUCCUCUACCCCGUCAGCAGCCACUUCUUCUUCCUCCCUGGCGUCAGGUUCUCUGCCCCCCUACUUGAUGAACCCCAACAUGGCUGGUCUGCUGUCCUCAGGCUUCACUCUCAACUACAGUCAGUCCCUGCUCUCUGAGCCCAGAAUGUUCCCCACCCCUCUUCUCUCCGGGUCCGGGGGCUUCCCUGCACCCAGCCCCAGCUCUGCUGCAGCCGGCUUCCUGUCACAUUUCAACAAUCCCACUUCCAGCCUAUUGGGGGCAGCUCUGAGCCAACCUGAUACACAUCUGACCACAGAGAACGGCGGUAGUAGCUCUGAUGACGACGUCAUAGAGGUGACAGGGCAGUAGACAGUCAGAGACCUCAAGAGGCGAUUUCACACACAAAAAUGGGGGACCCUACAUUAGGGAUGGGAACAUUCACUGGAGACGGCAAUGAUUACACAUUUACAUGACUAGUUGUUAAGUCAGGCACAAUUAAAAUCAUAGUGUAACUAAAUUAAUUACUUUUACCCAUGAAUUUAAUAUGUAAAAUUUGUUUUUCUUGUUACACUUGCCACUUGUACAGCUAUUUAUGUUUGAUGAAAUUCUAAUUUGUCUUUCCUAUUUUCACAAGUCCCAAAUGAUAGUUGUAUAAGAAACCUAAAAGAUCUUGUUUCUUUAACUGUGCUUUUCUGCCAAAAAAAAGUAUAUGUGAAACUAGAUGCAGACAGAACUGGUCUUCAACAUUAAAAGGCACAGUUCUAUUGGACGCCUUCCAUCAAAACUUUCUUGUUUUCAGCACUGUCCCUUAAUUUUACCCCUAUAUUACUUUUCUUCAAUUUGGUAUGUGGUGUAUAUGUCUAUAUUUCAUAGCUGCUUACUUAAGUUUAAUUGCAUUGCUACUUUUUUGAGUGUACAAGCACAUUGGAACGCACAGGAGUAGAAUAAUAAAGGAGAUCAACUUGACACGUACACCUAAAAAAUCCUAACUUGUUUCGAACAUCUGAUGGAAUACAAUUAUACUGGCAAAGGUUGUUUAGUGUUUCUGUUUUUGCAUUUUCUAUUUCUAUUUCAUGCUAGUCGUUUAAACAGUGUAUCAUUCAGCUCAUCAGUGAAAUCAAAAUUCCCAUUCCUAAUGAAAUCAUACAAAUUCAAACUCACACACAGACUCUCACAUGCCUCAAGCAAAUGAGCAAAUAAGUUGAUGAAGUUAUGAGGACAGAGUUAACAAAUCCUUAUGCUGAAUAUCUCCGAUUUGUUCAGCUAAAGCUACAGAGACGACAGGAACAGACUUUUGUCACAUGGGGACCAGCUCAAUCUUUAAAGGGGCUUUCCAAGCACAGCCUAUCAGGCUGUAUUUUUAACAAGGCUUCACCAUGCAAAUAUGUUUAUUUCCACUGUGCUGAGAAGGAAUCAUUUGAUUUUACAAAAAUAGGCUUCAUGUUGGAUUUUCUCAUAAUAUAUUGUGAAGCUGGUUGUGAAUUGUGAACCAUUCAAGUGCAAGCAAAAAAGUAAAUAAACAGUGAAUACUGCUGUUGCAGGUAGUAGCCCCGGUGAUCUGCAUACUCAUGUAGUCCAGGACAGGACUUCUUCAGUGCAGUUUUCCCCUCUGAUAAACAAGACUGGAAUGGUACUAAAUAUGUAAGGGGGAAAUAAUAGAUUAGCACAGCAACGAGCAGCUCGCAGGGGCUAUAGAAUGUAGUGUAAGUUGUUAGCACAAUUCACUCGACGAUAUAUAUUUGGAGAAAAUCCUUCAAGAUUUAAAAAUUGGAUUAAGCUUUCAGAGAGCUUAUUUUAGUCAUUAGCAAUUUGAUAGACAUUGUAGCAUCCCCUGUUGGAAAGGAUAUCAUGUGAUCUGGAUGUUUUGAUUACAAUACUAUACCUGAAAAUGUUGAUACUUUGUAAAUAGCGGUCAUUAUCAUUGUUUAUAUUGCAAGUUAAUACUGUGCAGUGUGCAGAUUUUGGUUCAAGGGAGUGGUUUUAGGGAGAUGGUUUAUUAUUAUGAUGACUCUCAUGACGAUAAACACACCCUUGCAUUGAUGCCGGGGAAACAAAUUUACUUUCUUUCAAAGAAUCCUUAAACUAAAAUGAAUGUACUUUCAUGCUAGCCUUUGAUAACACGGGCUGGGACAUGGAUUCGGACUGUGUUCUUUAAUUUUUAGCCUUAAAUGACACAAAGGGGUCUUGAGUCUUAGCAUUUAUGUCAACACAUCCUUUUACAAUCUGUUGGAAGAACUACUGAGCAUUGAGACAGUUGGUGUCAAACUCAAAACACAAGUUUAAGGUAGAUUCAGCGUUAUGACUAAAAGCACCAAGUGCAGGGGUCAAAUAGAGUGCAAACCAAGAUUUGUUGUUGCUAAUUCAGUUACAAGAGCUUAUUAUGUGUUUUGUUUUUUUGUUUGUUUGUUUGUUUUGUUUUUUUGUUCCACACUGACUUUUAACUGAAGUAUCCCCACCAUUAUUUCAUGUAACACUGCAGAGUCCACCUACAUGCUCCAUGCUUUGACUGUUACAUUUUGCUUAUAAAGUCUGGCUUAGUUUCAGAGAGACAUGCUGAGAACAGUUACCCAGGAGCCAUUGCAUUUGUGCAGCCCGAGUGUACAACACCUCAAGUCAGUGUAGCUACUAGUCACCAAGCCGGUUACAUUUUACCACUUCCACCACCGACUGUGGCAGAUCGAGUCAGGUUAUGUGACAGCCUUACCAAACUGACAGUGCCAUUAUGUGGUAGCGUUUCACAGAGGUGUGUCUUCUAAAGCAGUGCAGUGUGUGUAGUUUCUUUCUGUAGUGUCCAUGUCGGACUGCGAUGCUUAGGGACUUUAGGUCUGUGCUGUUCUCUGUAGCCUUGUGUUUCUGUGUUGUGACGACACCUCAAGGUAUUUAGAUCCGGGAAGAUCCCUUUCAUCCGUUGAUACAUAGGGUAGAUGCAGUGGGUACUAAUUAACUUUAUGAGAACACUGGAUAAUCUAACACAGCUGAUCAUUCCCAAUGGAAUUAUUUUUUUUCUUCCAUUUUUUGCAGGGUCUGCUUUUUGCUCAAAGGCCCCAAACACUUAGUACUGUACACAUUUUACUUAAUUUGUUACUGGCUCCUUAUCUGUUAUUUUGUGUGCUAUAUUUUUCCCAUGAUUAUGGACAUCCUUCAGUUUUCUUAACUAUGUCUUGGGAACUUCUGAUUUGGUUUGUCCAAUUCGAAGGUAGACAGGCUUGGCACUUUGACAAAAAAAAAAAAAAAAUCAUAUCUGCUGAACUUGUGAAUUGUUCAAAGUACAUCAUACUGGCCCCAUGUCUUCAUUCUCAGUCUUCUAAAUCAAUUGGAAACACUGCUCAUCUGAAUCAUGGUAUUAUCAGUUUGUAAACAAACCCUGUCUGUCAUUUCUUGUCAGUUAUGUGCAUUUUUUUUUAUGUUUCAUAGGAAUAAUUCAUUUUUUUAAUGUUUUUUAUAAAUUCUUAUCGGUGUUAGCUCACCUCUGGCAGUUCUUUUUCCUUAUUUCGAUGUGUUUACCAAAUUUAUUUAUUUAUGAUGGAAAAUAUAUUCUCAGUUUUUUGUAAUUACGUUUUUUAACCUUUUUGUUCACUUCGACCCAUUGAUGGCUGAUCCAGUAAGAAAUUUGAUUUCAUAUAAGCAGCCUAGAGUGGAGCAGAAUAUGACUGUGUUAUCAGUGUUAUUUUAACAAUAAAACUCUUCAAUUUCA